AAGACCAGCAAUUUGCGUCAUGACGUCAUGACGCAAACUGUUGUCAGACCCCCCUCAUUUAACGUUCAUUGUUUGAGGCAGGACUGCUGAAAAGGUGAGAUUCAAAACUGCAUGUUUUCGUAGGCAGGAUGUUGCGCCUUCGUUGCAAGACCAAAAACGGGAGCCACAUAAUGCAUGGUUUGACUCACCAGUCCUGCGUGCAGGAGCUUAAGAGCAAGGUGGAGGAGCUGACGGGGAUUCCCUGUGAUGUACAGAAAAUCAUGGUGGGUUACCCGCCAUCCAGCCUUGACCUUCGAAAUGGAGACGCUCACCUCAAAGACUACCCCAUCAAAUCAGGAGACACCCUGAUUGUGGAGGAAGAAAAGAACAAGCCGAAGCCUCUGGACCAACCGGUCGUGAAAGCUCCGCGCCUCGACGCCUCGCCUGUGCUGGCACGCCGCGUGGUUCCGGCGGACAACUCCUGCCUCUUCACCAGCGUGUACUACGUGGUGGAGGGAGGGGUGUACGACCCCGCCUGCGCGCCGGAGAUGCGCGGCCUCAUCGCCCAGAUCGUGUCGAGUGACCCCGCGGCGUACUGCGAGGCGGUGCUGGGGAAGACUAACGAGGACUACUGCGCCUGGAUCCGGCGGGACGACACCUGGGGGGGGGCCAUCGAGGUCUCCAUACUGUCCAAGUUUUACCAGUGCGAGAUCUGCGUGGUGGACACGCAGACGGUGCGGGUGGACAGAUUCGGGGAGGACGCCGGCUACCACAAGCGCGUGUUGCUCAUCUACGACGGCAUCCACUACGACCCGCUUCAGAAGGAGACCCCCGGUUCCGACAGCCCGCCUCAGACUAUCUUCUCCACCACAGACGACGUCAUCCUGGCCCAGGCCCUGGAGUUAGCAGACGAAGCUCGCCGCAAGCGGCAGUUCACGGACGUUAACCGCUUCGCGCUGCGCUGCAUGGUGUGUCAGACUGGCCUGGUGGGACAAAAGGAGGCCCGCGAGCACGCCAAGGAGACGGGCCACACUAACUUCGGCGAAGUGUGACAGGCUCCGCCUCCCACAAAUAAAACCGCCUCCAACCUUUGUGGCGCAGGCGUGGCGUCUCUGUUCCCUCGUGUGAUCCUCUACCUCACAUCGCCCCGGGACCUCCGUGGAAACGGUCGCAGAUGUCCCGCUCAGUAUUACUUCUUCAACCGCCGGAGGCUCCGGGACGUCUCAAACCUUUCCUGUUCCGGUGAAUCCACCUUCUCUGUCUUUUAGCCUCAUUUAGGAUUUCUCUAUCGGGGGUCAAAACAUAUGCAAAUAGUUCUCAGGAUGUGUUUUGGCCUGCAGAGAUCACUCACUUUUUAUUUGACGGACCGGUUCUGUUUGGUUCCGAGUCUCCAAAGAGUUUGAAACGGCCACUAAGAAUUAUCUGCACUGUAGUCUGAUCCCAUUCACUGUUGUCUUAAUGCAACACACAGAGUAUGACUGUUAUCCAUGCUGAGUGUCGGGUUUUGUUGCUUUCUUUCUUCUUCUUUUAGGAAUGUGGGGUUUUUAGACUUUGUCAUUUUAAAAAUGUGCCAUUAAUGACAUUAUCUGACUCAGCAGUUUUAUAUUAAAGUAUAAUAAAAUCAAAGUCCAGAUAAUCUAGGAAAGCCCUUUUUUCCUUUUGAACUCUUUUUUAUCAUUAAAUAAUGAGGAGUGACGGGCUUUCUUCACUAGAGCACGUUUGCUGGAGAGGAACUUUUAGACGACAUUAGGCUUAAAGAACCUUUUUUUUGUGUGUUCUUCAUAAAAGCACAAGCAGGAAACGGUGAGCAAUCGAGAACGUGAUUCAAGGCCGUGUCCCACAGCCACUGUUUUCCACAUGUACAGAUGGAAAUUGGUCAUACAUGAAUCUAUGAAGAAAUAUUGUGGUCUUUACGUGAAAUGUUCAUAUUUAUCAGGAAUAAAUCACGCAAACAACGUAAAUCAACGUAGAACAAGAACUGUGUACAAUUAUUGCGCUGUUUAUAUUAUGAUUAUAAUUCAUUAUGCGUUCGUUCAUCGUGCGUCAGUUGCGUAAGGGCCUUUGAAGUGUGCAUCAUCUGAAAUGAUUCUGAUAAUGCACACUUCAAAGGCCAUUUACCCGCCUAUACCAUGGUCACUUACAAAAGAAAUAAGUAUUCAAUCAGCUUUUAGUACUUAAUUCUUGUUAUUUUUUUCAGUUUGAAUCGCUUUUUUCACAAAAAGUGGACUAUUUGUUGCGCGUGUCCGUUAGCCGCCUCAGUCGACUGCAGCGGCAAAGAAAGCGAUAUAUAUGCUGGCUGUCACGGUGGGUUAAAUAAAGCAUCAGUUCAGAGAGAAAAUUCACCUCUAACCGCUUGUUUUUGUCCAGACAAGGAAGAUAAAGUUUGUUUUAUAGAAGCGCAGUGACACAGAACGUUUAAGGUCACCCAGGAGCCAAUCAGAAUCAAGAAUUCACCCGGACCAUGGUAUAAGUCAUUGUAACCCUUGUGCUAUCUUAGAUGACCGCCCCCCCCCUUACAUUGUCCUCCCUACCAUGAUAAAGGUGGAAAGAUUUCAUGUAAUCCAUGGACACCAGUGAAGAUCACAAAUCAUUGAAGUAAAAAGGUUCACAGCACUGUCUAGUGGGUCUAGAUUUGCGUAUAAACUAUGCGAAAUGUGAGUAAACUGCGUAAUUCUCUCCUCUUGUGAUCCACAACUAAAACUUUUGAGCAGCUCUGAACCAAAUUCACGUAAAGACCUGCCGGCAGAAACCCUCGACGGGCGUCUGCGCACAUCAACGAAGGAGGAGCGUAAGAGACACUUCUGAAUCACGUUUAACACGCGUGUGUCAGGAAAGACCGACACUUCAUACGUGGAAACCGCGCAGAAUGUCUGUGUGACACGGCCUUCAGCUCCACUGGUUUUCUGAUGGUCCAGCAUCACAUUUGUGUUUUGGUCUCAUUUUAAGUUGGAUGUGGGCGCUGAAGCCCACACGGAGGUCACGGCAUCCAACAUUUCUUUUUGACCUACAGACCUUUUUUCCCCGUUAACCUUUAAUUUCGGCACAAAGAAAACGUUCACAGCUGGAGGAAAUCGUGUCGACCCUUUCUUCAUUUUCUUUCCUGCUGUCACAGUUUAGGACAAAAACUCUGGUUUUUAGGAUUUUUUUUGACAAACAUUAUUAGAAAUGUUUUUGAUCUCAUUUUGAUGAAUCUAAAAAUAAUAAGUCUUUUUUUUUAUAAACACUGCUUCGUUUUUUCUGUAGAUGGUUAAAGUUUUAGCACUAAAUAUUGAAUUAAGAUAAAAUUAUUUUUUUUAUAUUUACCUUGGAUUUUCCUGACUUAAACUACACAUGAAUGUUACAGCACAUGAAAAACUUUGGAAUAACUGGGUUUACUUGAUUCUUAUUUUCAGUGUUGUCACAAUAAAAGCUUCAACUGUGA